UCCAAUGAAGAGCACCCCCAUUCAACCAAAUCCCCACACAAUAUCUCCUCACCCUACAACCCUUAAAAAUAACAAACCAAAACACCCUUUAACCUCACCUGUGGCAUCCACAGCCUCCAUCCCAGGUGCUCUUGAGGAAAAACCUACCCACGUCGGAAAAACUACAACCGAACGGAAAAUCCAAGAGCGCGCACAGUGGAAACAGCAGGAACAAUUGCGCCCGCCGUCGAGGGUGGGGGGUUGUACACCCGCGAACCGCUCGACCGCAGUCUCUAGCACGAUCCGACAGGGAGCGCCACGUCCGCUCUACGUAAACGGCGCGCAGAAAUGUGUACGUUCCGUUCACGUUUGCCGAUUCGUGUUUUCGCGGAGUGAUUUCUGAGGUCGCCGCCCGAAAUCCUUUGAUGUCGCCGCCAAAAAUCCUUUGAUGUGACCCGGCAUGGAUGAGAUAAGUUUCGCCGCCCACUGUUUGGUCGAGAUGUCUCACAGCAAGGACCAUUUGAACCGCCCGCUGGACCUCUCCAAGAACGAGCCUCGCGAGGUGAUCGUGGAGUCCGUGCCCCUCUUUAGCACCCCCAUAAAGGAGAUCACCAACGACAGUUCUUCCUACAUGGUGGCCAGGAUCUUAACGGAUCUGACUAGGAUUAAGCAGGAACCGGUACCAGAAGUGCCGUCUGAUAAUGAGGAUAAUUUGACUAUCGACGAGUCGGACAAUACCUCUGAAGAGGGUGAAGGUUGUAAGGGUGUCGAGGAUGUUGAAAGUGAUGGUGUUGUUCAAGUGGAGAAAGUUGAGGUCGUAGCUAAGAAGGAGGGAGGUCAUUUGAGGGUCCAGGCGACCAGCAGGCAGAUGUCGCAGAUGAGGAAGACGCACAAGUGUGACUAUGAGGGUUGUCACAAGGUUUACGGGAAAAGUUCGCAUCUGAAGGCGCAUCUCAGGACUCAUACAGGAGAAAGACCAUUCCCUUGUAGCUGGGAUGGUUGUGGAAAACGUUUCGCACGAUCAGAUGAAUUGGCAAGGCACACAAGAACGCACACUGGUGAGAAAAAUUUCGCCUGUCCAGUUUGCAGUAAGAAAUUCAUGAGGAGCGACCACUUGAGCAAACAUGCGAGGAGACACCCAAACUUCGAUCCUUCCGUUCUGAGACAGAGAAGGGCCCCGAACAGAGCCUUCUCCAUAAACUCAAGCGACGGAACACCAUCGGACGCGCUUUCCGAUUCUGCACCAAGCCCGUGAAUAACUUGGAGAAGGGAAGGCGAAUAUUGGACGUUUUAGUUUUAUUUAGUUGACCGUUUCGCUACUCAACACGAAGACGUUCUAUUGGCGAUUUUUUAAGGGUCCCUUGGACAGGAAGUGACGUGGGAAAGCUUCAGAAUAAAGAUAAAAUCCAAUGAAACUGAUAUUUGAAACAAUUCAGGUUAUCCUGAAAUUCCAGGAAAUUUUGUUAGAAGGUACAACGUUCAUGAAUAACUGGAAAGUCAUAUAAACAUCCAAUUUUUUCCUGAAAUAUCAGAUUAAAAAUGAUAAUUCUCUUGUGAUCAUUGAAACAGUUGAUUCUGGACAAACGUAUACAAGGAGGGCCAAAAAAACUUUACACCCUGACUUUCCAGCUCUGAAAUGAAAAUCAAGGUAGUCCUCAAUUUCUGAUGUUUGGGGAAAAAACUGGUUACUUCAAUAUUGUGCUUCCUUCCUUCAAGUAUUUGAACUUACGGCGAUGAAAAAACUCAUAUCAUUUUAAAGCUGAAAAUCUAGGUGUAGAGUUCUUGUUGGUCCACACAGUAUUUCAAAAAAUGUAACGGCAUUACAGUGUUCAAUAAUUUAAAAUUUGUAUAUCAGAUUACUUCAUUGCGAUUUUCGAAAAAAGAAUCCACCUAGAACCAUGUUAGAUUCUGAAGCUUUCCAUAAAAAAACAUUCCAGUAAAACGAACUGGAAGAAAAAGACUGAAGAUCUUGAAAUUUUGGAACGAUCAAAUCCAUUAAAAGUACGGGGAUUGAUCUUCAAUAGUUGAGACUAAGUAUCUCUUCCCUAGAACCUUGUGAAACCCCUUUUCCAUCAUAACUUAUCACAGAGAAUGAAAUGAUUGUUGAUUUUGAUAUUUUCGAUACAUAUCUCCAAACUAUCAGAGGCUUUUGUGAUCUUCGCUCAUUGUAUACAUACCCACUGAAAAGUCAUUGUAAUUUUUUUAACUUCUUUUUUUAUUGUUUUUUUUUUCUUGAAAAGCUUGUAAUUUGAAGUAUUCAAUACUCUUUUCGGAUUUAAAUUUAAUUUACUCACCUUUGUAUUGAAAUUGUAUUUUUAUUGACAGUACAAAGUUAUGUUGUAUUGUGACAUUGAAAAAUAUCUGAAUUACCAAAAUAGAUUCAUGUUAAUUGGUGAGUUACUCAAAAUUCAAUUGAGAAAAAUUUAUAAAAGGAAUUCUGUAACUCAUUUAAAAUGUUGCGUUAAUCAAGAAAGAAUUAUAUUCGAUUGAUUUCAAAGCUAACUUAUUAGUAUAAAAACCUUAGAGAACCAACCUUUGCAUAUUCUUGACCAAUCUAGCUGCACUGGAGAGAUUCAGUACCUAUUUUUCCAAAAAGUAUAAUCGAAUGUCUCGCUUUCAGUAUAUAUUUACGUUCGUAGGGAAUUAAAGACUAUAAAAAUAUUAUUUCGUGUAUUCGGAUAGGACAAAAAACCUGUAAAUAUUGUAAAUAAAAUAAUAUAUCAAUGUUUCUGUUGAUUAUUGUGCCAGCAGAUAAUUACCAAUGUUGAAUUGAUUAAGUGAAAAUAAAUAGUUUAAAUGAA